UAAGAGCAGUAAGUCAUAUAUUAUAGCAUGUCUUUUUUGGUACCCUUAUUUUGGAUAUCUGUUAUCUUCAGCUGAGCUCAGGACCAAACUGCAUUGGCGAAACUACAAAUGAAACAAAUAUAAUGUAUGUCACACAAGUGAGAUUGUCAUCCACCUUGAUGUGGUCAGGUUAGUUAGAGGAGUCAGAUCUUAAAUGGGAGUUGCUAUUGCUGGCCAGCAACCUGAUAGUCUAAUGACCCAUUACUUUAGCAUAUAUGGAAUUCCUAAUCUCCAAUGAUAACCACAAGCUUUUAGGCGUGACCUGAUGAUGGCAAAACAGGUUCUUAGCUAAUAUACUGUGGAUUAAUGCAUAGUCUUAGACAUCAGCAAGAACUCUUUCUGGUUUAGACCUGCGUCUCAGGGAGUAAAAUUAGUUAAGAAAGAAAGGAAGACUAAUUAGAUGGAUUCCUUCUAUUUUUUUUAAAGGUGCAUUCCUUGACCAAAGAAAAAAAAGUAGGUGGAUUCAGUUGCAUCAAACUUUGAUUAAGAUCUCCAAGGGAACUGCUUUAAGAUGCGUUGGUUUGAACCCACAUGAAAACAUCAUUGUCACUGUUGCCAGAGCUCUGUACUGCCCGUAGCUAUAGGAUACCUCUGUAACAUUCCCUUUCUGCCACAAAAUCUCUCAGGAGUGAAAUGAGUUUGACUUUAGACUUUGAGAGGUCGUAUUCGUUCGUUUUUCAUCCACCGAGAUCAGUUGCAAUGGGGGUAUUCUUGAGGGUGUUGCUAGUUUUGAGUUUGUUUGGAGUGGGCACUUCCAGUGGUGAUGGGGCUCUUGUUCUUGGCUACUACCAAGAGAAGUGCCCUCUGUUGGAAGAAAUCGUGCGGCAUACUGUCGGGCGCGCAGUGUAUAGAGAUCCCCGAAUGGCGGCCUCUCUGCUACGUCUCCAUUUUCACGACUGUUUCGUCAUGGGCUGCGAUGCAUCAGUGCUUCUAGACAGUUUUGAUGGCAUGGUGAGCGAGAAGCAGGCGUUGCCUAACCUUAACUCCUUGCGUGGGUUCGAGGUGAUUGACGAGAUAAAGUAUAAUCUGGAAGAGGCGUGUCCAUACACAGUCUCCUGCGCCGAUAUUAUAGCCAUUGUUGCUCGAGAUGCAGUCGAGCUGAGAGGAGGGCCCAGGUGGGAAGUGCGGCUAGGCAGGAGAGACUCGCUCAAGGCAAGCUUUGAUGGAGCCAACAAAUUAAUACCUGCUCCAAAUUCCUCCCUUGACACUCUAAUUGAAAACUUUAGUCAACAUGGCCUGGAUGAAGGAGACUUGGUUGCCUUAUCAGGUAGUCACACGAUGGGAAAAGCGCGAUGCCUGAGCUUCAGGCAAGGGAUUUACGAGGAAAGCCCUGAACGACGCUAUGAUCAUUUCCAGAGAUACACCACCUUCUACGACAUCCUACGGUCCAUAUGCCCCGAGACCGGAAGCGACAAUAGAUUAGCACCGCUUGAUCACGUGACGCCUUUCGAGUUCGACAACCACUACUUCCUCAACAUCCUCCAAGGCAGGGGUCUCCUACCAUCUGAUAAUGCCCUCGUCGACGAAGAAGACCAAGAAGGUGUUAUUUUGAGGCAUGUCUGGGCUUACGCUUCGGACAGAGAAGCUUUCUUCCGUGCUUUUGCGAACUCGGUUGUGAAGAUGGGGAACAUCAACGUGCUCACCGAAAGUGAAGGAGAGAUCAGGAGAACAUGCCGAUUCAUCAACACUUAAUUUCCUAGAAAUUUUAGUCUGAUGCUAUAUGCAACUACGCCUGCGGCUUAAUCAUGUCUCCGCUAAAAAUUAGAUUUAGCCAAUGUUCCGCUACAAAGUUGUCGUAGAAGACAUUGAGCGAAUCAAAUGCAAUUAGUCUAAGAUUUUUG